AUGUCAGCUCCUCACUCGGGCAUCACAGCCGAAUCUCUCAAGGAAACUAUCACUGAUCGUCUCCAAGCUCAACAUGUGGAAGUAGAAGACCAAUCGGGUGGUUGUGGCCAAAUGUUUCAAGUCGUGAUCGUCUCUCCCCUCUUUCGUGAAAAGCGCCUACUUGCAAGACACCGCCUCGUCAACGACACUCUCAAAGAUGAGAUCAGCAAAGUACACGCCUUUUCACAGAAAUCUUACACGCCCGAAGAAUGGGAGAAGAAGCAACAAGAACAGUAA